AUGAAUUGUUUGGUGGCAAGAUGUCAGUUGAGCACGUCUACUGUAACUUUACCAGCUCCCUCACUAGAGGGAGAAGAAAAAAUAUAUCCUGAAAAAAUUCAUAAAAUUGUAGAUGAUAUAAGUCGACUAACAUUACUUGAAAUAUCAGAUUUGAAUGAUUUGUUAAAGAAAAGAUUGAAAAUAACAGAAACUCCAGUAAUGCAGAUGGGCACAGCCAUCGCUGCUUCACCAAAAGUCCAAGAAGAAGAGGAAGUAGCGGAAGUAAAACAAGAGAAGACGUCAUUCACAGUUCGAAUUCUAAAAUUUCAAGAUGAUAAAAAAGUUGCUCUUAUCAAAGAAGUAAAAAACCUUGUAUCUGGGAUGAAUCUUGUUCAAGCCAAAAAAUUUGUUGAAUCAGUACCAAGUAUAAUAAAGUCAGAUAUUUCAAAAGACGAAGCGGAAAAGUUGAAGGCAUCACUAACAGCUGUUGGCGCAAGCGUUGAAAUUGAAUAA